AUGAGGGCACAGAGCGAUGGGAGCGGCACCUGCCGCCUGCCCGGCCCCGCCCGGCCCCGCCUGUCCGGGGCCAUGGCCGGCCGUGCCCGCUGGCUCCCGGUGCUCUCGGCGCUGCUGCUGCUGCCGCCGGCGCUGCCCCGCCGCCCCUCGGGCUGCGCCGCCCUCGGGCUCUGCUGCCCCGGCCGCGACCGCGGCUGCCUGAGCGCCGGCCUGCGGCCCGACGGCUCCUCCGGGCCCUGCUACUGCGACCAGGCGUGCGCCCGCGCCCUCGACUGCUGCCACGACUACGCACGGGCCUGCCCAGCGAUCCCCUGUGUCGUAUCUCAGUGGAGUGCCUGGAGUGGCUGUGCAGAGCCUUGCAAGACAACCUAUCGCGUCCGGACGAGGCACAUCAUCCAGGAGCCCAGGAACGGGGGAGAAUCGUGUCCUGCUCUGGAGGAGAGGGCUGGCUGCGUGGAGUACUGGAGUCAGCAGGGAACAGAGUGCCAGCAGUCCCUCAUCCCAGCAUUAAUAACUACGGGAGGCUUUGGAAAAGCGAGGAAGAAAAGAGCUGCAGCUGAUGGCAGUGAAAGGGCAGGGUACUGCGUGCAGUUCCAGCUGGUGUCCCUGGCGCCGGGCUGCCGGCACGGCCAGCGCUGGAUGAGCGGGCUCCGGGAGGGGCUGCGGCUCUGCGUGGAGUGCCAGCCCCCAGCCCUGCACCGCCCGGGGCAGCCCUGCCGCGGGGACGGCGCCGCCAGCCCGCAGAAUCAGCUGUUGCACUGGCAGGCGGUGGGGAACCAUCGAUGCAAGGGAACCUGGAGGAGAAUUCGCCGGCUGGACACUUGUUCCUGCCCUUCUGUUCACAGUUUCUUGUUCAUCUGACCUCUCCUGGCAGUCCCUGCAAGCCCCAGUGUGCGGCAGCAGCAGAGCCCCAGCCAGAGCAGGGACUGCUCCGUGUCAGAGACUUUGCUUUCCCUGCCUUUCCAGAGGUGCUGGCUGGACACAGCCACCUGGAAUCCUCUGUGUGUGUGUGUGCGCUCCUCAAUUUACAAGGAAAUCAGGUGGGAACUGCCAAUCUCUUUUUUCCCUGAGAGAAUCUUGUCUGACCUUGAUGACUUCUUGCAAUUACUCCUUUCUUGAAAGGAAUGAGAAUUUACCAAAUAACAAAUCAAACAAAAAAGGCCAUAAGAAAUCAGGUUUAAUUAUUAUUUUUUAAAAGUCUUAAUGAAGAAUCAACAAUGCAAAAUAAAUUAAUCCAAGUGCCUUCUUUUUGUGGCAACAGCGCUUUGUGGAUACUUCCUGCUCUUGCUUGUGAUUCUGUUCCUUCUAUUUUCAUCCUCCCUGGCCUCAUAAUUUCAUUUGGCCCUCAGUCUUAGAGAGGGUUGAUCUUG